AGUUUUCCACCUUUAUCUGGAAAUGCUCCAUUACUUUCUCCUCCCUUUGGCGCUCGCUUGCAGUUCCGCAAUCACACGAAAGCAAGCAGUUGGUGUUACCGGUCAACUGAUGUGCGGUGACCAGCCAGCUUCUGGUGUGAAGGUGAAACUUUGGGAUGAGGACACCGGGCCGGAUCCCGAUGAUGAGCUUGAUAAAGGUGUGACUGAUUCAAAUGGAAGGUUCAGUUUACAGGGUUCGACACGUGAACUUACGAACAUUGACCCCGUUUUCAAGGUAUACCAUGACUGCGACGACGGCAUAAUGCCUGGUCAACGCAAGGUCAAGUUCCGCAUUCCUAGUCAAUAUAUUUCUUCUGGAUCAACACCAAAACGAAUGUUUAACAUCGGUGUGCUUAACCUUGAAACGAUCUUUGCGGAAGAAGAAAGGGAUCUCUUGUAG